CUUAGCCAGAAAGAAUGUCAAAUCGCCGACCUUCAGGAAAAUAUUAAGUCCCAGCAAGCUGUAACCUCCAAGGCUAAAGAGGAGUUGACUGACGCUUUAGCAGCCAUGGAACAACUGAAAGAAGGCUUCAACAGUGAACGGGCGACAUGGGAUGCUGAAAAAACAACUCUGCUAAAGCGGGCGGAGGAUGCUGAAGCAACUCUUAAACCGGUAACAGAAGAGUUGACUGGCUUGAAGCGGCAAAUCAAUGCCAUGAACACUGCUGUGUUUGGAUCUUGUAUUACCCACCUGGGCUCGGAUAUGCGGAAGAAGCUGAAGGCUUCCUAUACUCUUAUAGAGCAGUUAUACACCGGUGCACAACGGAUCAUUUGCACUGCCGCUCAUAACAAACUGCCCCGGAACCUUAUCAAGGAAACACUAGAAAAGCUGUCAAUGCUGCCUGCCCGGUUGGAGGAGUUAAAAAGAUCAGCUGCAAGAGCAGGUGCUCUGACUGCACUAAUCCGGGCUAAGGCCUGGAUACCAGAUCUUGACUCGGCUGGCAUAGGACGCGGCUAUCCGAGCAUAAAGGAAGACGGGUCAGCGUUUGAUAACAACGAUCUUCGAGCUUUGACAAAGGAGAUGCGUCCCUUAGCGAGCAAAUUGGCCGAAGAAACAGAUAUCUCACACUAUCAGCCGGUUUAUGAUGCUGAGAAUAAGCGACUUCCUGCACCAACUCAUGAUGUGGAGGAUCUUAUCCCACCAAUCCGUAAGCAUACUUAUGCCCCGGACGUUGACCCCUCCACCCUUAUAAGCGACGAGGUUGUAUUCAAGGCUCUAACUGGAAUCGACUGGACCACCAUUGAGUUCCAGCCGUUGGGUGGAGAGGAGGAGGGUGAACUGACGCAGGAUGACCCGCAGCCAUCAAGUCAGCCUGGCAAAGAAUCAUGAUCCGGAGGCCGGUUUAAUCUACUGCAAUCUUUGCUAAAAAAAGACAAUUAUCCUUUUGGGCAUCAAAAACGCCUUGUAAUAGGCUAGUUGAAACACUUGGUCUCUAUGCUAUCGUGCAUAUUCACUUCUGCAUGAUACUGUUAAUCCGUUAUAAUUAUGUGA